UGCGGGUCCCUCGUCCUCCCUCGGAGCUCCCCACCGUCCGCGGUGGGCGGGUGCGGAAUUUCAGGGCGGAGGGGCGGCCGGUCUCCAGAGGCGUCCAGAAAGGCGGAGGCUCCGUGAGGUGCUCGACUGAACGACAGCUUUCAAAACAGAUAAGAUCCUGUGGGAAGUAGAAUGUCGGAAGAUAUUGAAGGAAUUGAAAAAGAAGUAGAAAUUGAAUUAGGCAGAAUCAGUGUUUCUUCGUUUGGAACAGAUGAGGCUGACACAGAGGUAUCAGAGGAGCCCUUGAGUGACAGUGAGUCUAUUUCAGGUGACUUGCCAGAAUCAGUUCUCGCCUAUUUAAACUUUAUCAAGAGCAGCAAUCAAGAUGCUGAAAAGCUUAUACUGCAGGACUUAGAAGAUGAGCAAAGUAGAAAUGACAUCUAUGAAGUAGUUUCUUGCCAUCCUUCUGAAUCGAAUGAAGAUUCAAAACAAUUUAAUGAAAAGAUACUAGUUGGAGUUGAAAAUGAAGACUUGCAGCUUGCUGCAACACCUGAUUAUAGUCAGUCCAUCAGUGACUGCACUGAUGACCACUUUCUUACAGCUGAUCUUGAAAUGAGCAUAAGUCUUGCCCAUCGUGAAGUAGAAGAACAGUACAGACGAGCACUUGAGCUUGAAGAUGAAAAGAUGAAAAAGUGGAAAGCUGAGAGAGAAUCACGGGAAAAACAAAAUGAAGAGGAGCAUGCAAGAAGAUUCCAGCAUCUGCAGCAGUUUGAGGCUGAAAGAAUAAAAUUAGAUCUUCUUCAUAAGAAACGCCAGGCUGUAAUGGAAGAUGAGUUACAGAAAGAGAAGGAAGCUUGGAGACACAAAAUUAGGCAACAUGAGGAAUUGAUCAUGAAGCUGCAGUUGCAAAUGGAAGAGGAGAAAAAGGCCUUGGAAGAACAGAAAGCAAAAGAAAGACAGCAACUGGCUGAACAACAGAAUAUAGCAGCUGUGAAAAUCCAAGCUAGAUUUAGAGCAUUUUUAGUUCGUAAAAAAUAUGCUCCCAUUUUAAAACAAUGGAAGUAUGAAAUGAGAAAGAAGCAAAAAAUACUAGAGGAAAUAGAGCAAGAAAUGAAAGAAAGAGAGGAAAAACUGAACAGGCGAAUGGAAGAAAACAGGUUAAAGAGAAAAGAGGAAAGAAAGAGGCAAGAAGAACUUGAAAGAAAACAAUAUUUGAAACAGGUGAGGAGGCGUGAGGAAUAUGAGAAAAAGAAGGAAAGCCUGAGACUGGAAAGAGAAAAACAAGUGCAAAUAAGAAGAGAAGAACAAAGAAAAUUAGAACAAAAGAGAGCAGAAGCUGUGAUGAGUGAAAAUGUAGAAAAUAACAUAGAAAACAUAAAAAAGGAUAAUAAGACAGAAAAUAUGAAAGUAAUUAGAGAAGAGAAGGAGGAACUAAAUAAACAAGUAGAGGAACCAAAAGAAAAGCAUGCUGAAAUGAUGGAUGAAACAAAUAAUUGGAUGAUUCCAGCAGAAAGAAAUUUGACACCAAGCGUGCUAGGCUCUGAGAAGGCACACCCUUCUCAAGUAAAUAAUGAAAACUUACACAUUAAUUCAGUAACACAAGUAGAACAAAAUUACUCACAAACAAGUUAUCUUGAUAGAGUUUCAGAUGGUUGUAUUUCAAAGGAUGAAUCUCUUAACUUUGGUGCUAAUGACAUGGCAGAAAAUAAGGCAAAAUGUAUAUGCAGCAGCCCUCCAAAUGUCCAACCAAAUGCUAAUAACAGAGAAACUAAAGAUCAAUUUUCUCAUGGAACUAUGAAGAAAACUUUAUUUCUGAGGGAAAAUGCUACUAAAGGAGUCAGAGACAUCUGGGACAGUAAUCACGAUGUAGCAGAUUCUCCUAGUAAAGUAAUUUUUCCUGAUGAUAUUGAGAAGAAGAGAAUAAAUUGGAUGAACACAUGCAAAUCUUGGUCUAAAAUAUAUGAAGAAAACCAAAGCAAGCAAGCAACUAUAAGAAAACGACUAAGGAAAAGUUCAUUUAGCAAGAUGCCUCCACUAAGUACAGAAAAGAUAAUUCAUAGUGGCCCUUGGAGUACCUUGCAACAGGUCACAACGCUUACUCUUGAAGAUUUGCCAGCUUGUAGCCUCUCGACCUUAUCUGAGUGUUCAAACCUUCAAGUUUUGACGCUGAGGCGCUGUGGACUCGUUGCACUGGAAGGACUAAGUAGCUGCAAAGACCUGAAGUAUAUUAAUGUGGAGGAGAACAACAUUCAGGUAAUUGACUGUGCAAAUCUGGAAAAUCUCUGUAUUCUCAUUCUGAAUAAGAACCGUCUUUCAUCAGUUUGUGGCUUAGAUGGAUGCAAAAAUCUUCAAAAUCUUGAACUUUCCUACAAUAGAAUCACUCGAAUUGGUGGUCUGGAGUCUCUGAAAAAUCUUCAGCAAUUAAUUGUGGACCAUAAUCAGUUAAUCAGCACAAAAGGUCUUUGUGAGGUACCUACUCUCAUUCACCUAGACUGCUCUUUCAAUCAUCUUGCACAAGUUGAAGGCAUUGAGAAUUGUGGCCUACUUCAGGUUCUGAAGUUGCAAGGCAAUAAUCUCCAGGAGCUUCCAAGACUGGAAAAUCAUGUUCUCUUAAGAGAACUAUAUUUGGAUGACAAUAGUAUUUCUUCUAUGAGAAUGCUUUCUUCGUAUUGGUUGCCUCUAUUGCAGACUCUUUUGCUGUCUCAAAAUAGAUUAACUGACCUUGUGCCUUUAAAUUCAUUUGUAUUUUUGGAAAAGCUAGAUAUCAAAAAUAACUGCUUGUCAGAUCUUAAAAAUAUCCAUACAUGGUUUUGUGGCUGCCAUAAACUAAAGGAGUUGUCAUUGAGUGGGAAUCCUCUUCUCCAAGAAAAGAACUGGAGGUCUUCCAUGUUGAACGUCCUUCCUAGUUUACAGUUGCUUGAUGGUGAAAUCUUAACCCAUCAUAAUUUACUCACAACUGAAAAAAUCAAAGCAUCUGAAUUGGGAACUUUUCUGGAACUAUGUCAAGUUCAAAUUGAAGAAAAUAUUCAACUGAAAAAAAAGGCUGCUGAAUUGGAAAUUACCUCUUCUAUUGAUUCUGUAGUGGGACAAUGCUGGUAUUUUAAUCAGUUGAUGAAACUUAGUAUUAAACAUCGAUAUGUACAUGAGUAUGGUGAGCUAAACAUUACUGACAGAGAUGGACCAGAAGCACUUCAAAAUCAUUUAAAGCAAACAACCACUGGCUGCCUGCAGGAAAAUAACCUCUUUAUCAUGGGUGUGACAGAAAAUAAACAUGUCUUGUUGGAUCCUUCCAAAAGAUGGAUUACUACUGGCGAUAUUCAGGCCACAUUCAUUAACUCCUCCAUACCUGUGCAUCAGAAGGAAAAUAGAGGAGAUCAGAGAGUGAAGCAGAAGAGCACUGAAUCUUGUAUUAAUUACAGUGGGGAGAGCAAAGGCAACAAUAACAUGUCAGGCCAACUCACAUUGCAACAGUCAGUGAUAGUAACAAGUGACAUGGGAAGAAAUCUCCAGCACUUUGAGAAUGACACAGAGAGACUACAUAUGGAACCAUCCUCAAUCCAGUCCUUUUGGUGGCAGCACCAUGCUCAGAGGAAAAAUGACUGCAAUAAAACAGAGAAUCAUCAGUUUGCAGAAGCUUUGAGACAGAAACAUGAAGCUGCCACAGUAAUCCAGGCAUCUUGGAAGGGUUUUCUUUUGCGAAAGAAACUGGCCAGUGCUCUUGCAGAUGUUAAAAGUGAUGAAUUGGAAGAUGAAUAUGAAGAAAUUAAUGUGGAUGCUUUCACGUUUUCUGAAGCCGCAUUAGAGAAGGAAUGGCUAACUCUGGAUUCCACCCGUUUCCCUUCAAAAACACUCCUGCUCUCAAACCAGCUGCAUUGGCCAAAGAAGUUUUCUAGGCCUUCAGAUUCCAGUGGACAUUCAAAUAGUUUGCCAUUAGCACCACAAGAAGUUUGGCAGUAUGCUAACAGACCACAUUCAUACUCAGCAGAAAAAAUCCAUUUUCAUAGCAGGUCAGGGAAGGAAACAAAGUCACAGCUUUCUAACUGGAAUGAAAAAAAGGAGUUUUUAUUUAUGUCAGAAAAAGAAGAGAAAAUAUCAGAAGAAUGGGGUUUUAAGGAUAUUUCUACUGCACAGCUAAUGCUGAAGAGGGCCCAUAAAAUGAAACCUAAAAAAUACAGUAAUAAAAGUUUAGACCCAGCUGUGCGCCUGGCGUUGUUCAAAAACAAUGAAAAUAAACAUCUCUCUGUGAAACCACCAGGGAAGACACAGCCUAUAAAUGCUGAAUACUUUGAAGGUAAAAAAAAUUCUCAGCUGGAUGCUACUUUAGAUGAGAAAUUACAGAGAAAAGACUUCACAUACCAAUGGCUUCGUGCACAGCUUUUGGAUUAUGAAGAAGCCAGUUCCAGAAACACAAAGUGCUGUCGUUUUUUGCCUGAGUUAGAUCCUGCAGUAUGUGACAACAGACAAGUACAGCUUGUGGCAAGCCCUGUAAGCAGAGAAGACAUGGAUUUAGACCUUGUUUCCAUGGCCAGUGGAAGUGCUUUGACUGAGAACAGAGAAAAAAAUAAGCCGCCACACAGACACUCAGCAAGAUCCUCAAAAAAGAAUAUUUCUACUCCAGAAAAAUCAUGUUUUGGUCCAUCUCAUACAGAACGGAUAUCAUUUCGAGACCAUCCUGUGCAGCUAAGUGGAGGAUGGGGAGCAGGCAAAAAAAGGCAAAAGUUUAAAAAUAUUAGCUGAAUAUUGGAAAUAAGUAGUUGAUUUAAUCAAACACAGCCAGCAUAUGGAGAUCUGUUUCUUUUUAAGCCUCUGAAUAUCAGUUGUUGGAUUUUCAUUUAUUACCAAUAAACCAGUUUCAGUUAACUACUUUUGACUUAUUUUAUUAUACAUGGUUACAGUGGUUGGGGUUUUGUGGGAUUUUUUUGUCAAAGUAUUUUAGACCUGUCAGUAAGUUAUCAGAGUUUGUGUUUUCAAUUGCUUAUAUGUUCAUGUGGUAUAGA